CCAUGAAGGCGAGCCCCGCGGCAGCCGCUCCGGCGGCUCCGGGACCGGCCGGGGGACCGCGGGAGCUCGAUGCGCGCUGGCGGGAGAAGGGAGAAGCGGAGGCGGAGAGGCAGCGCACCCGGGAGCGGCUGGAGGCUACGCUGGCCGGGCUGGGCGAGCUGGAGUAUCUGAGGCAGAGGCAAGAGCUGCUGGUGAAGAGCCUCUUGCUGCGGCGACCGACGGGAGCCCUGCCCGGAGCGCAGGGGGGGCGCGGGGAGCCGGCGGGAGAGGGGCCGCCACAUCGCAGCCUGGAGGAGAAGUUCCUGGAGGAGAACAUCCUGCUCCUGCGGAGGCAGCUGAACUGCUUGAGGAGGAGGGAUGCUGGCCUGUUAAAUCAGUUACAGGAGCUAGAUAAGCAAAUAAGUGAUCUCCGCCUGGACGUGGAGAAAACAACAGAUGAACACCUUGAGACAGACAGUCGUCCAAGUUCAGGGUUUUAUGAGCUGAGUGAUGGAGCUUCUGGAUCGCUCUCCAAUUCAUCUAACUCUGUCUUCAGUGAGUGUUUAUCCAGUUGCCAUUCUAGCACUUGCUUUUGCAGCCCUUUGGAGGCAACACUGAAUAUCUCAGAUGGACGCCCUAUAUCUGCAGAUCUCAUAGGCUGGAUGGACUGUAAUAAGGAAGGCCAGCGUGAGGACCAGACUUCAGGCUCUGUUUGUCGCUCUUUGUCCACACCGCACUCAAAUUCCCUCGAUGUCGUUGCAGAUGUGCAUCCAAAGUACCAGUGUGAUCUGGUGUCCAAAAACGGGAACGAUGUCUACCGGUACCCCAGCCCACUCCAUGCGGUCGCUGUGCAGAGUCCCAUGUUUCUUCUCCCCGUGACUGAAAACCCCCGUGGAGAAGAGGAGGGGCUCGGUGGCGACGUCGGCGACGUUUGCGCCGGCUCUGAAACAGACUCAGGGAAAUCCACCAAUGCCUUCCUCCCGCAAAGCUCCUGGCCUGCUCCGUGCCCUUCCAGCAGCAAGAGGAUAGAUGGGUACAUCUUAAGCCUGGUUCAGAAAAAGACUCACGCCGUAAGGACUAACAAACCCAGGACGAGCCUCAACACCGAUCCCACCAAAGGGAUCUUGAGGCAUGGCAGCAUGUGUGUCAGGCAGCCCACAGGGGUGGUGGCUCACGGUAAUGUGGUCAACCUGAAGAGCUCCAAGCAAGCGUCCUUGUCUUCUGGUGGGACCGCUAUGGCUCUGGACCACACGGCACCUUCCCCAUUAAAGCAGAGGCCCAAGGAACCAGCUGGUGAGCAGCUGGAGAGCAGGAAGGCUCCUUUGCCAGCAGCUUUCCCACCUGGCACUGCCAGCGAACUUCAGAGCAAGCCCCUGCCGCGGGGUGUCAAACCAUCACCUCCAGAGCUCAACCGCAACCCAACGACAACGGCGGUGGCGGUGGUGGGGGAUGUCCCCAAGGAGAACAGCCAGCUCUUUGCUGCCUCUCCCAAGGAGAGUCCGGGGAAGGCCGUGGUGCUGCAGCCAGAGAACAGGGUCAGCCAGCCUUCCAAAAAAGUUCUUCUGAAGAGCAGCUUGCAGGUGGCUCGCUCCUCAUCGCCUGCCAUCGAGGAGAGGCCGGCGCUGGAUUUCAAAAGCGAGGGCUCUUCCUCCCAGAGCCUGGAUGAUGGCUUGCUGGUGAAUGCCCAGUACAUACCAGCCCAGCAACAAAGCGUGAAAUUUCACAAAGGCACCCGAAACGUGAAGAUUUUGAAAAGCUCGGCGCUAAAACACAGGCCCCACCUCUCCAGUGGGCUGGAAAACAGUUCCCAGGCCUUGCGGGAGAAAAGCAAAGCGGCCGGCAAGAAGUGCCGCUUUCCCGAGGAGUUGGAUACAAAUAAGAAACUGAAAAAACCUUCCUCCUCCAGGGGGAAGAGAGGCAGCGGCUCGCAGCCGGAGUCGGGGCCGCAGAGUCGUCAGGCCGGCCUGCACAAAUCCGCCAUCCGAUCCCACGGGCACGGCCGGGAGGUGGUGGUGGCCAAGCCCAAGCACAAGCGAGCCGACUACCGCCGGUGGAAGUCAUCGGCGGAGAUUUCCUACGAGGAGGCUCUCCGGAGAGCCAGGAGGAACCGUCGGGAGGGCGUGGGGGUCUACUCGCAAGUCCCCCUGCCCUACGUCAGCCCCUACGCCUACGUGGCCAGCGACUCGGAGUACUCGGCGGAGUGCGAGUCCUUGUUCCACUCCACGGUGGUGGACACGAGCGAGGACGAGCAGAGCAACUACACGACGAACUGCUUUGGAGACAGCGAGUCGAGCCUGAGCGAGGUGGAGUUCGUAGGGGAGAGCACGACCACCAGCGACUCUGACGAGAGCGGGGGCCUUAUUUGGUCUCAGUUUGUCCAGACGCUCCCCAUCCAAACGGUGACGGCGCCGGAGCUGCAUGAAAAUGCGGCCAAGGCCUUUGUCAAAAUCAAAGCCUCCCACAACCUCAAGAAGAAAAUCCUCCGCUUUCGGUCGGGCUCCCUGAAGCUCAUGACGACGGUCUAGUGAGGUGACUUUGUGGAAUGUAUCUGCUUUUGGAAGCAAGGAAUCUGCAGGGUGCAGACUCUGAGGUGCUGUCAUCUGAAAGGGGUGAUGUUCUUCCUGGCCUUUCUGCCUUCCAGCAGUCUUGGGGUUUGUCUUCUGCUCCCUGACCCUUGCCACCAGCUCUAGGUCAGGAGAUCCUGAAGGAAGCUGUGCCUGGUGUUUGUGGGGUCAGAGAGAGAGGCUCUAGCAUUGUGCCUGGAUGUCCAUUGUGCCCCCAUUGAGGAUAUCACCCUUACUGCAAGAAAUUCAGUGUGAUGCAAGGACUCAGACAUCUUCUGGGUCAGAAGGAAGGUGGCAAGGGGAAGCCUCUGAAAUGGAGAGGUUUGAUCCUGAUUUAUCUGUAUUUCCAGAAGAAGCUGAGAGAGGAAGUGGGAGAGGAGACUGGAGAGGACUGGGCUAACCAGGGGUAUCUGGGGGGUGGGGUCUUGGCCCACUUCUCAUUCUUUUCAGAUGAUUUAGGCCACUCAGCACUGCCAGUUGCUGAGGUUCUUUAACCAAGUCCUCCAAGAGCCUUACUGGGACAAGCUCCUGUCCCUCAGGUCUAGUUUUGCCUUUCCAUAACAGAACCUCUGCUUGCAGAGAGCCUGUAGGUCCCAGCUCCUUGCAGCGUCCUCUGUCCUGCACCUUCGGAAGGAAUCUGCCCAUCCCUUACAAGUUUUGUAGUUUUCUUCUGUCAUCUGGGAUAAGGACUGACAACAGAUUCCUGUGCCUUCACUAAUCCUAAAUCUGCCUGCUUUUUGGCUCAGGGAAGACCAGGCACUCCUUAGGUGGCAGCCCACAAAGCCAUCCCUGAGGGACCUCCAUCCCUGUCUGCCUUGGAAUCUGUGGUCACCCAUCAUGGAGGGCAUGGCUCCCCCUCAGAAUCUGACUUUUCUCACAUGUCUCAAAGACAUGAACAUUUUUGGGAAGCAGAAAGAACUACAGACAUUUUUUUAAUAGCCAACUUCAGUAUCUAAUACAUACCUUUGCAGUAAUGCAUACAACUGAGCUGCUACUACAAAAACCUGAACCAUUCUCAGUUCUUUGUGUAUGGUGCAGGGAGGGCACUAGGGACUGCAAACCAAUGGAGACAACUCAUAAAUCCUAGGUCUAUCUUGCAAACUUGCUUUUUUCCCUGAUUUCCUCUGAACCUCCAAGGGAUUGUGUUGAGGUUCCUGGCAUGGCAUGUUUUCUUUCUCUGACUAAACAUUGUAGAUGGAGCACUAUGGUGAGAAACAAAUGCUCUGGGGUUUGAAAAAAAAUCCCACAAUGCUGGAACAAGGGGAGAGAUAGGGAAACAAGUGAGAGAUCCGUUUGAAAGGGAUAACAGAAAGUGCUUUUUUACACAGCAAGUAAUUUGCUGCCACAGGAAAUAGUGGGGCAGAUGUAGUAUCAGCAAGUCCAAAGAGGUUAGAGAAGGUAGAGAAGGAUGUGUGCUCUGCCAUCCCCAUGGCUGGGGAUCCUAGAAGAAGUGUGAGGGGAAUGGACUGCAAAUAGUAACCAGGCUGGCAUGGUCUCCCCAGAGAUUGUCUGUCCCUGCCACUUUUGAAGCAGGAGGAGAAGCACCAUUGCUCUGACCUAGAUCAUUUCCUUGUGAUCUCAGUGUAGCUGGUGGGAGUUGUCUAUGCAAUUGAUUUUUCUCACUCUUUACUAUAGUUCUCUGUCCUCCCAAGUGCUGCUGUAGAUGAGUUUUGCAUUGCUUUGCAAAAAGAGGUUGAGUUUGCACACUUGGCCGAUGGCAGCAGGCAUUUCUUCAAACUAUGGACACUUCUUUCUGGUCACUCUUGUCCCAUGACAGAAUAAUACCAUCCACCUUUUCACAGGGGCAGUCAGUCUGUGCUGAAGUCCUCUGCUAUUCUGAGCAUCAUCCCCCUGAGAUGUAACCAGUGCUGUGGACACAGUCCCUGUGCUGCCCACCACUACCACAACAUCCCUACAACUGCAGGAAAAGUUGGUGACCUCCAAACCACAUUAACCAUCCUCAUGUCCAAGUGCCAGGCAUCUCCUGCACCCUCCCUUCAGACUUUGCUUCUCCUUGGGGAGUUCUUUCUCUCCCUUUAAGUGUGUCUACAUUUGUUUGGAGCAUCAGAGCAAUCUGGAGUGAAUCCCUUGCUCAUCUCCACUGCAAGCUGGUUUGGACAGCAGAGUAGUUGUGGUGCAAGCUAGCUGGAUGCCAUCCCAGAUGGUCCACACCAGGAACACAGGAGAUGUGCUUCUACCUGGACAUCAAUCUGGGGUCUGAUCCAGUGGGAGCUCCCUAGAAUAGCUUCUAGUUCAAAAUUCUGGACAAGUUGUGUCCAAAUGACAUCAGGGAUCAGACUAAAUCUAGGCUGAAGUAAAUGCUGACCUGCAUAUGUUGUGCUUGUGGGGACCUCAGUUUGGAUCUGCUCCUUUUAUGCUUAAUGACUUGUUAAUGUAACAGAGCCUCAAUUAAUGGCCUUUUU